UUGUUCUUUCUCCUCAUCUAGGAUUUAUCAGAUUUCUCUUUCAAGAUGGCCACAUGGAAAGAAAGACACUUUCUAUGUACCGACAAAUAUGUGCCAUGUCCAGGAUUUUCCCCAAGAGCCUAUCAUAAACUGGCUGUUGCAAGACCACCAUACACAGACGCCAAAAUCAAGGUUUGCCGGAAUGUGCACUACCGACUUGAAGGAGGUGAUCCAAUUCAUGUGUGGGGAUAUCAUACGUGGCUGGACGUGGGAAGGUUGCCAGCCAUCUAUCGCCCAAGACCUGACAAGCCUUUUGACAGCAACACGUGGCGAUGGAUUACAGCUCCCAGAAAAGAUUCAAUGGCCAAGCCGCCAGUGCCCCCUCCUUCCUGGAUGGAUGGCAACACCUAUAUGAAAUUCAUAGAAGGAGAUGCAUUGUUUGUGAAUAAGAGACAUAAACAAAGAGUUCUCUCCCGAGUAAAGGAAGAAAUGAGGAAGUGUGAGCAACUCAAAAUAAGGAGUCAAUGUCGAGCUCCUCCUCUAGACCAGCAGGGAAAUAUAAUGCCACCCAAACAGCUCAAACGAUAUAAACACCUGCUUCCAGAGAAGAGCCUGGCAUCACUGCAUGUUCAGCUACAUCCAGUCACCCCUCCUCCUAGAGACUACAGGCAUUUUCUUUGCCCAAGUCCCGAUCCUCAUUACCAGAGAGCAGCAGUCAGGUUUGCCCUGAAGAACAAUUGUCCAGUCUACCAGGAAGUGAUAGAAAAAUACCAGGAGCUUGCCCUGUCUGGCAGCAAAAUAAGGCCUUGUACACCUGUGAACUAAAUAAAUGGAUAGGAACGAAGCCUGAAAUUCACUGCACUUCUGGACAUGUUAGAAGUUCAUAUAUGUUUCACUAAUACUAUUAAUGUAUGUAAAAGAGAUAUUUUGUUGUUUUUUUAAAAAAAUUUAUUAUUAAGCAUUUCUAAAUAAAAAUAAGUGAUGUUAAUAUUGCAACCAGAACACGGAAUAUGUCCAAAGAACAAUCUGCACCAUGUGAUUUGACAGCCAUGGCAAAGGAUUGCCUAGUCCAGUGGUUCUCAACCUGUGGGUCCCCAGAUGUUUUGCCCUUCGACUCCCAGAAA